AUGCUACUUUACCAGGACAGGACUCGUGUUCUUGUAGAGCUGCAGCUGGUGAUAGAACUGCAUACAUGCAGGCCACCGCAGCUGCACUUAUCACUGUUAAGUGAUAUCCUGGCAGGAUAUACAAGCCAGAUUGCAUGUCCAAGUUUUUAUGGCUACAUUGCACUUCCGGACACCGACCACGGGGGGGACGACCUGGGCAACCCUGGCUCAACUGCAGCAGCCGCUACCGAGUGUGCCAAGUUGCAAGAUUGUCGAGGCUUCAAUGCCAACGGCUGGAUGAAGGCGUCUGUGGAUCCACUGACGUACUUGGAAUCAGUUUGUUUUUUUCAAAAAAUUCCAGGCACCAUCUGGCCACCACCUCCAGAAAGCCCGCCACCGCCUACCACAGCAUGUCCAAGUUUUUAUGGCUACAUUGCACUUCCGGACACCGACCACGGUGGGGACGACCUGGGCAACCCUGGCUCCGCUGCAGCAGCUGCUACCGAGUGUGCCAAGUUGCCAGAAUGCCAAGGCUUCAAUGUCAACGGCUGGAUGAAGGCGUCUGCGGAUCCAUUGACGUACUUGAAAUCAGUUUGUUUUUUUCAAAAAAUUCCAGGCACCAUCUGGCCACCACCUCCAGAAAGCCCGCCACCGCCUACCACAGCUAACGGCAAAGCUGCUGAACAUCUUAUUUUCAAUUAG